AUGGAAAGCGACGGCGGAUGCGUCCCUCUCCCUGGAAGGCGGCGCACGAGGACCGACUUUUCUGCCGCGGACCUGGACGGCAGCGACCGUGAGGACUGGGCUGCCAGUCUGCCACUAUCUACUGGAGGGACGGAUGAGAUUUGCCGAAAUGAUGCACCCAAUCUCCUCCAAGACUUCAACUCUUUGCAAAUUUUGCCAAAGUCGAAGCCAUGCCUGCCCAGCCUCGACGAGUUUCUGACCGAGCCCCGGAGCUUGUCAGAGUUUUUAGCACCAGACGAUGAUCACAGUGACAAGCGCCGCUGCUGGACGGCAGACGUGUCAGAGUUGCAGUCGUGA